AUGACCGUUAAUGAUGAACACAAAAAUGGAAUUGAUGAGACAAUCAAUGACGAUAAAAAUAAUAAAUCUAAUAUGCAUUUAACUGAUGCUGAUAAAGAAAAAGGAAAUUUUAAAAAUUUUAACAUUUCAAAACAAACAAUUAAAAAACUUCAAAAUCGUAAUGUUGAUUUUCUCUUUCCUGUUCAAGCAGAAAGUUACAAACAUAUUCAUGAUCAAAAAGAUUGUUUAGUUCAAGCAUAUACAGGCACUGGAAAAACAUUAGCUUUUUCAAUUCCUAUUGUUGAAUUACUUCAAAACGAUACAUCACUUAAGUUAAUACGUGGACGAGCACCUCGAGUUCUUGUUUUGGCACCAACACGAGAAUUAACUAAUCAAAUUUCGGAUGAUUUUCAAUCGGUUGCUAGUGAUUUAUCAAUUGUAACAAUUUAUGGUGGAAAAAAAUAUGAAGAUCAAGAAAAGAGUAUCCGUAAUGGAUGUGAUAUUCUUGUAGCAACACCUGGUCGAUUAAAAGAUAUUGUUGAUAAAGGCAAACUCGAUUUAACUAAAGUCAAACAUGUUAUUCUUGAUGAAGUUGAUCGAAUGCUUGAUAUGGGUUUUAUUGAUGAUGUUGAAGAAAUUCUUGGUCAUAUUUUUGUACCAAAUCGAGAAACAAAACCACACUUUAUUGUGUUUUCUGCAACAAUGCCUGAUUGGGUUCAUAAAACAACUAAAAAAUAUAUGUCAAAAGAUUUUAUGACAAUUGAUUUAGUUAAAGGAAAUACACAAAAAACUUCUGCAAAUGUUGAACAUCUAGCUGUAUUAUGCACCUAUCAAGAUCGAGCUGGUGUUAUUAAUUCUCUUGUUCAAAUUUAUUCUAUUAAUAGUCAAGAUGGACGUGCUAUUGUUUUUUGUGAAACAAAAAAAGAAGCUGAUGAACUUUCAGUUAGUCAUGAUAUUAAAGCUGAAGCACAUGUACUUCAUGGUGAUAUUCCGCAAGAUAAACGUGAACUUGUUCUUAAAAAAUUUCGCGAAGGAAAAUAUCGUUUAUUAGUUACAACUGAUGUUGCUGCUCGUGGUCUUGAUAUUCCAGAAGUUGAUCUUGUUAUUGUAACAGCUCCACCUAAAGAUGUUGAAUCAUAUAUUCAUCGAUCCGGUCGUACAGGUCGAGCUGGUGCACAAGGCAAAUGUAUUUGUCUUUAUAAAUUAAACCAAUCACGUGAUCUUAAACGAGUAGAAAUAGAAGCCGGUAUUAAUUUUACACGAAUUGAGCCACCACGAACAGAAGACGUACUUAGUGCAUCAUCAGCCGACGCAGCUAAAGCUCUUGAUAGUGUGACUGAUGCAGCUAAAGCACAUUUUCGUGAAGCUGCAGAAAAAAUUCUUGAAACAUGUGACGCAGUUGAUGCUCUAUCUGCUGCGUUAGCUUGUAUAUCUGGUACAACAAGCAUUGUUUCUCGGUCUCUAUUAACAAAAAAAGAAAAUUAUACAACAUAUAUGUUAUCAGUUACAGAUGAAUUGAAAGGUGCCGGACUAGUAUUUACCAUGUUACGUAAAUGUUUUGGAGAAGAUUUUGAUGCAAAGGGUAAUUGUUCACAAGUUGCAUUUACAAAAGAUUAUCGAAAUGCAGUAUUUGAUAUACCAAGUGAACUUGAUGAAAAAUUACAAAUUUGUUGGAAAGAUAGUCCAAGAAUUCAAAUGAAACCCAUUACCGAAUUGCCACAACUAGAUGAAGCAUCUCGAAAUGGUAAUAGAGGUUUUUCACGUAAUACUAAUGGAUCAACACGUGGUGGUAGUUAUGCUGGUAAUCGACAUUCGGAUCGAUCAAAUGCGUGUUUUAAAUGUCAAAAGGAAGGUCAUAAAUCUUUUGAAUGUCCUGAAGCAAAUGGUGGACAAUCUCAACGAAAAUCCGGUGGUAAUGGUUGUUUCAAAUGCGGUAAAGAUGGUCAUAAAUCAUUCGAAUGUACGGAAACGAAAAGAUUCGGUGGUCGCGAACAAUCAAGUGGUGGUUGUUUUAAUUGCGGUAAAAAUGGUCAUAAAUCAUUUGAAUGCCCAGAACCCAAAAAAGGACGAUCAUCAAUGAGUGCCAAUGGUUAUGGUGUCAAACGUAGCUUUACCGGUAAUGGUGAAAACGGUCAUAAUAAUGGUGAAACAAGUAGCAAAAAAAUAAAAUUUAAUGACGACGAUGAUUAG